AUGUUUCCAGAGAAUUUUGCUUUUCGGAGGGAUCUCUGGGCCGACGGAUCGUCGUUUUCGUCGCUGUUUUACAGAAAUGUGUUCACAAUGGGCGCUCUUCUCAUUAGUUUGCUUCUGUUCGUCUACACCGCUUUUCACUUCAUAAUCCAGUAUUUCGUUGACCUGUCGCAAUCCCUCUACGCGAUCUACCGUAUCCAUUCCGAUUUCGAGCCAGACUCCAAUCAUCAACCGCUCUUUCAGCUCAUGCUAGAGAACAUGUGGAAGCAGAAAGAAUACCCAAUUGACAUCCCGAGUCUCUUUUUGUUUUCUGCAUAUAUGAUGUAUUUAUUUUUCCGA